AAGAGAUCCGCUGCUGUGACUGUAGGCCGCCGUAGCAGCAGCACGAGCACACACUGCUAACAGCAGUCUAUAGUAUCACAGUCUAUACAGCGAUCUAUACAGAGUUGUAUUGGUAGCAGUGGAUGGGUUGAGCCAGCUGGCAGCCCUCUGCGGCAGAAGCAGUGCGGCCAGUGAGGAACGACGAGCGGCAACGGAACGAACGAAGACGACUGCUGCUGCUGCUGCACGGACGGAAGGGCUGCUGGCGAUCGCGAAGACGCAGACAGGCGACGACCAACCGAGCGAGACCUACUGCUGCCUGCUUGAAUCAUUGUUGUUGUUGUUGCUGCUGCUGGUGUUGUUGUUAUUGUUGUUGUCGUCGGCGGUGCUGCUGCUACUGCUGGUGUUAUUUUGUGCUGUGCGGUUUGGAUCGUAUUGCUGUUGCCGCUGGCAGCAGCAGCAGCAGCGCUGCCUGCUGUGCUAAGGAGCAGAAGAAGAGUAGCGGCAAAAGUAAAGCAAGUGAAUCAGCAGCAGCAGUGUCGUGGUGUCUGCCGCCGUCGUUGUGCUGCUGCUGCUGCUGCUGCUGUCUGUCUGUGUUGUUUGUGUUGUGUGUUCGGCGGCGACGAAUACGAGGGACGGACGGGGCAGCGGUAGUACAGAGUGUGGUGGGUGUGUGUGUGUGUGUCGUGCGUUAUGUGAAAUGUGCUACUCGUACUGCUGCUGCUGAUGGUAAUGCUGGAGCGGCAGGGCAGGCCGCGAUAGUAGCAACAUCUGCAGCAGCCACGGAAGAAGAAGCAGCGGUUCGAAUAGGUCGUUCACUCGUUGCCUACUCGGUAGGCUAGUUGGCGCAGGCUGGCGGUGGGGUAGUGGUCGCGGUGACAACAAUGAAAAUGUUGAACCUUCCGGUGAGAUCCUGGGACACGUGAGCCGCGUACAGCCCGAUCGACGGCGGCAGCAGCAGCGACGACGACGACGACUGACGGCCAGUGCGUGCGGACCCAUAGCCAGUGCGUACUCGAUCAGGACCGACGAUGGAUAGCGGCUGAGUGCAGCCGGCCAUGUCGUCAUCUUCCGGAAUAUGCGCGGAGGAUCGGGACCGCCCAUGCCCGUUCUGUGGAUUAGCAGGCGCGCUGUGCGAUCUGCACAGUUCACAUGGGAGCACCAGUCGUUGGAAAGAACGUUCGUCACAACGGAGUCAUCUGUCGAUGCAGCUGUCCGAACUCUAUCAGACCGAGUUGAAGCGACUGCAAAGCCGGUCGCGUCUUCUUUCCCCGGGAACUCAUUUACUUGAGAAGCUCGUACAGCGAGACCGUCUUCAGCUGUUAGAAUUGCACCUCUUCCCAGAUGGCUACACGCUCUGUCUUCCCGGCCGAGCGGUCGGCGCGGAACGUAGUCCGUACGAGGAUGAUCUUCUACAGCAAGUUGAACAGGGCCUUCUACCUCCAGUGCUAGCGCAGCUACUCGAUUCACUAGGGCAUUCGCAGCUGUUCCAUAGCGGUAGUUUGCCGCUAAGUGUACAUAAUCACCUACAGACACCGACGAACAUUCAGUAUACGCUAUUGCAGCCAAGUAAUCUGCUCGUGGCUAGCGAUGUCCAGCAGAUGGCUGGUGGAUGGUCGCCUGAGGAACAGCUGCAAUUGGAGGCACAAGUCGUGAUGGCGACGGCAGAGCCGAUCUGUCUAGAGCCGGAUAUAUCGGUAGCGCUCGUCGACAACUAUUUUCAAUACAAGCAGAAACUCAUGACCGGCUUAAUUCAGCCGAAACGCAAGAGACACCCUACGAAACAUCCGCCUUUAUUCGACUUUGUUACCAGGUUGGAAGAGCGGCGUAAGAAAAAGGCUAAACCGCCGCCGAGCCGAGUUAAGCACGAAGCACCGGAUGCGCUAGUCCCGGCGCAAAUUGACGUACCUAAAUUUGCCAAGAUUAUUCCUCGGCCGGAAAUCCCUUCCGAUCUGUCAAUGCGCUUGGUUCAAGAGUACAUCAUGGAAACGACACCGACGCAGGCGAGUCCCAGUGAUCGGGUGACGAAAGUAUCGAUCCUGCAAGCGCCUGUCGAUGAACAGUACUAUGGGGUGCUGGCAACACAGUCUGGUGAAACUCGGUCGCAAUGCACAUUUCGGCUGGGAUCGUUGUGCAACGUUCACCUCUACCUUAAUCAGUUCCGUGAUAUCUUCACCGAGGAGGGCCGAAAAGCCGUCAAAAUUACGCAUCUGGUGCCGGGAAAAGCCCCAGUUGUUCGGCACACGGGAGGCUUCCUACAGGUGAACGCCCAACAACAACAACAACAGUUUGCUGGUUCAGUUGGCGGAACAACAGCUGCUGUAGCGGCUGCUGCUGCCGCAACCCAACAACAAGCGGCGACAGGUCGCUGCGUGACACCCGCACAACAGCCCCCAACACCGGCGGUUGCUCCCAUUCCUUCUCCCGGACCGCCGACGCCGUCACGUACGUCGACGCCCAUCCUCGUGCAGAAGCUCAGCGUACCUCCCAGUGCUCAGGGAAGCUCUGCGUCUGCAGCCUCAUUUCUAUCUCCCUCUCCCACACCGUCAGCGUCGGCACCCGCACUUACGGGGCAACUGGGCAACACUGUUCAACUAAACACAAGCAAACCACAGGCCGUUGUGCAACUGGUAAAGAAGAAUAUACAAGGAACCGCACAUAGCGGUAAGCCACAAGUGAUACUCCAGGCUGGCGGGCAGCCUGUCGUAGUCAAUGCGUCAUCAAUGAAUAUGACCUCGGCAGGCGGCGUACAGGGCCUUCAGAGCAUACAGGUUCACCAGUUGGGCGAGAUGAAGCCGCUCCAGGUUGGUGGCAAAGUUCUCCAGCAGAUGACGGGGUCGCAGGGCUCGCAAAUUGCAUUACAGCUCACUCAGCCCGUCGCCGUGUCGAUGGCUGGCAAGACCACUCAGAUGUUUCAGGGCGGUACGGCCAAACAAAUGCAAUUGGUUACAGCUGGUGUGAAAGGUAGUGGCGGCCAGAUGAUCUCACACCAUGCCACCGUUACGGGGGCAGGUCACGGCGUCGCACCGCAGGUUACCAAGGUGCAGCUAACAGCGUCUGGCACCACGAUGAGUCCCCAGACAACGCAAAGCAUUGCCGACCAAGUAGUCGCACAAAUGAGGAAUAAGGGAGCGACCGGCGGAGGAACAAAAACAACGCAGGUCGUAUUGCAAGCGGGUCAGGUGGCGAACGCAGGCCAGAUCCAGAACAUUGUCGAACAGAUAAAUCAGCAAUUUUCUCAAGCACAAAAAGUUGGUGGACAAGCAGGCCAAACGACGCCGAUCGCUGUUGGGACGUUGGCAGCUGCAUCCGGUGUGGCAGGCGCAGCAGCUCCAGGUCACGGAUCACCGGCUAGUGGAGCCGGUGUUGUCGUCGGUCAGACGGUAUUGCAAAUGGGCACGAUGAGCGGGCAUGUAAGCGUGAAGAACGCCCACCCACAGGUGGUUCUCCAACCCCAACAGGUUCAACAGGUUGUGGGUCUUAGCACCGGCCGUUUGGUCGGUGUCACCCCAUUGUUGGGGCAGCACACAGCUGGGCUGGCUAAACCGCCGCAAUCGAUUGUCCUUCAGACUGCCGGCGUCCCACAAGUAGUCACCACAGGCCAGACCACCCAUCAAACUGUGCCUGCAGGAGGACUUGUUCGUGACAACCGUUCCGCAAUGCAAAUCUUGAGUGCGGCAGUUGGCACCGCGCAUCAUGCCACGUCGCUACAGCUAGCCGCCAUCCAACGACAUCUGCAGAGUCAGCGAGCUGCAAGAAGCGCAAGUCCUACCCCGUAAAAAAGCCAGGCUCAGUUCACUGAUCAAAAAGACGCCGGCGGCGAGGUAGAGAGAAAUGUCGGGUUGUCAAAACGAAGAAAGAGUAUAUAAAGAUGUUGUGGCAAAGCAGGUUGGAAGAUCGGAGUAGUAGUGUUGUAAUCUACUGACUGGGUCGGAUGUUUUGUUAACAUGUGACUACUACUGGCAACAAAAAUAAUAGUAAGAAAGAAGAAGGCAUCGAUGAGGUCCAUAAAUAUUAGAGAAACGAAGACAGCGACAAUGACGCGAACUAAACGCGCCGGCGACAGAUGAUUAUGAUGACGAUAAAAUAUCAUUAAUUAAUGACAUUGAUAAUUCAUGGCGAUAUUAUCCGUAAACCUAUCUGUCUGUCGUUAUGUCGAUCAAGCAUCCACCAUGCGUGCGUAUCCCUUGUAUCUGUAACACAAAGCAAAAGAAAGUGAGUGUAUAUUUGUAGCGAAUUUUGCACCGGGUGCUCUAUGAGUGCAGAUUGUGCUCGCGAAGAUGCUUGUUGACCUGCGUCGGAUGCGUCGCUGAUCGACAGCAAAUGCUCCCGUCGGAAAUGUGCGAGCAUGUACCCGCGAGUGCCCCCAAUUACUAUAAAUUUAUAGUUAGUAGUUAAAUUUUUGAUGGCCUCAUUGAGAGUGGCCAGUAGAAGAAGACCACUGCGGUAUUUGUCGUGGUCGGCACUAGUUUUGUCCUUGUCGUGUAUAUAUGAUAAUGGGUGAGCGCAUGUAAGUAGUCCUGACUCGUUGAGUUGGAUGAGGACGGUAUUGAUAACUAUGACGAUAAUUAUUAUGAACAGAGAGAUGCUGAUCAUGGUGUGUCCGUACUAUAAAGCUCAGACACUGCCCUGCUGUCUUGGCGAAACACGUAGGGAAAAUGGCGGCCGAUGCCUCACGACUGAUCUCUCGGGCUGGACCAGACAGGGAAGGAAGGCGAGCAGUCGCUGGCGGAAGCUGCUGGUUAAUAAAAGACACCUUAAACACGUAAUGACUAUGAGGGAACGAAAAAGACGGGAAGUGAGAGGAAGAGCGCACGGUGGGGCUUAGGACUGACUGUGCCGUUAAAUGACAAUUGCAUUGAUGAGCGGCUCGGGAUAAACUCACUGUGGCUAGCGUAUUUAACUGCGAACCUCUACGAAAAAACGUAUCUAAGAGUUUUGGCAAGGGAGCUUGACCUAAUGUAUCCAUUAAAUUCAUUAAUGUUCUCUGUUCAGCAAAAGAAAUGAGCAAACACUUUUAAAUGAUAGGCGAUUAAUUUGUCGACUGGUUCAUACCACAUUAAAUUGGUAUUACUGGCUUGAAUGUAUGAUGAGUGUACCUUUUAGGCAAACAUUAUAGAGUAGUAGUAAUGCAGUAUGCCAUGACAAUAAGAAAGUAACGUUCAAUUGAGUUGCCUAAAUCAUAAUUCAUUCGAAUUUUUACAAAUACAUAUCUGUAGUAGAGGUUAUGAACGAGGGUAAAACAUUAGGUACGCUCAUGCCUCUACAAUAGCGACUUUGUAGACUGAUUCAAUUUUGAUUGAUUUUGCAGGUUUAAUCAUUGCAAGCGCAACUAUGGCCACUCUUUGCUUUUUAACGAUUAUUUAGUUUCUUGAAAAUAGUCAAAGACUUCUUAAAUGAGAAACGCUAAUCACAGUACCGAACAUGUUAUUACAUCGCGCUUGGAUAUCAAUGAGUAAAUCAAAUUUCUGCCGUGGUGACCAAAUCGUAAUGGAGAAGAAAUAAACAAUCUGAUGAAAAUCUGAUAAUGGGACUCGAUAGAUACCGGAAGCCGGUACUAAUGCUACCACAGUUUUCAGCAGAAUUCAAAUGGCAGGACGGAAAACCAGAAUGACAAACAACACGAGCAGAUCAGGGCUUCACUGGGCAUAAUAUUAAUCUUAAUUAGCGAUAAUAAUAAUUAUUAUUCUCGUUAUUUAACGGAUUGUCAAUUGUGUAAAGGAACGAAACGUGACGACUAGGCAAAAUCAUCUUGUAUAUUUGUAUUGAUAAUUAAUGAAUAAUUAGUUAAGCUAGGCAAUAAUAAUAAUUAAGAAUAAAUAAUGAAAAAUUUAACGUUAUUACUGAUGAGCCUACGAUGAUCAUAAUGAUGAAAUGAUUAUAAUUAAUGAAGUGAUGGCUAAGCGAAGACCAAGGAGUCAGAUGGGUAUAAUUACUUUUAAAAUAGAUAAACAUAUAUAUCAAGCAAGAGCAAAAUAACUAAAUUACGUAUUACGGUUCAAAGUCAUCACACUAGAUAAACGACAAUGUAUUAUUCAAUAGUCAAUCGCGCUGUCCGUUGGGCCAUUCGUCACCACGGUACGCACAGCUAUGCUACAAAGAGAUCGUUACCGUAAAUACUUGCUAAAAUGGCGGGACAAGAAAACAGACAAUGGCGACAAGAACGACAAUUCAAAAUGACAAAUGUUUCAGUGGCUGCAGUGCUGACUUAGCGACGCGUGGUGGUCGUGGUUCGAAUCGUUGACACUUCGUUUCAUGCUGGAAGCGUUCAGUUAGCCGUUUGAAAUAAUGCUUAACGGCUUCAGCAGCGGACGUAAAGCACGUAAAAAUGUUUUUUAGUCUGAUCGAGACGUAGCAUGGAGACCAACGAUUUUUGGGAUACUGUUUGAAAAUUUCUAGGUAGGACGGGCGAGUGUCUAGUGAGGUGCGUAUCGAGAAAUUCAGGACAGUCGGAAGCACAGGCCGCUUACCACAGCUCUUAAGCGAGGCUUGGCCAACGUUUGCUAAUGCUGUAAGUGAUAUAGAAAUCUAUAUAUCUACACAUAGCAAUUAGAUUUAUUGAAUAGAUAGAUGAUAAAGGAGAGGAAACAAAGAUGGACCUUAAGAGAGACAUAGCGCGGAACAAUGAAAUGUCGACUUCGCACAAACGAACACUGACUAAAGCCCGUUGCUUUAAAGGCUUUAGUAGAACCUUUCGAUAUAUCCACACUUCGAUAUUCAUAUUUCUUUAUUGUCGGUAAGGCACAAACGUCAACUUGAUUGUGAAUCACUAAUGAGUCAGCGAACAGAAGCACCAUACUCUUUCAGACUGUUUUUUAUUUUCCCUUUCUCAAUGCACCUCCCACAAGUACGGCCACGUGCCCUGUCACGCAGAACUUUCUGUAUCCGUGCGUGUUUUUCAGGCUGAAAACCAUUAUAGCAGAUGAUUGAUUGGGAAUGAUACGUGAUAUAUACGCGUCGCUUAUAAUAGUAAUUGUUGUCUUUGCUUAUCUAGUAUGCAUACUUCUGAAACACAACUUAAAACGAAUCACCAUCUGUCACUCCGUAUUUCACACGUAACCCUACUCUACAUAAUUUUUUUGCACGUGUGCUUGUUUGUAUAGCUGAGUUAAUAAGUGCGAAUGGGCGUUAUUGUAAUAGUGAUUGAAAAGCAACGAUAAGUUCGGGACUGCCCGAACUUUGUUUUGUUUGUGUGCAGGCGAAACACGCCGCUGCCGCCGUCCGCUCUGCCGGCGCAUCAUCCCCUGGCUACAAAUGGCCGAAUUUUCGACAAGUGGAUGCGUAUACGUGCGUAGUUAUUCGAGUGGAAGAAGCAUUUCUAAACGUUCGUUUUAGGCCCGAUCAUCUGUCAUGUCUGUAUAAGUUAAGGACGAUUUAGGUAAUGCGUAGGGUUGAUGUGAAGAUGGAUCGUAUUUGGGCGUAUCCGUUUGACCGUGUGCGUUGGGUCUGUUAAGGACAGUACUGGAGGGACACUGAAACCACAACCUCGCUCAAUAUCUGAUUAUUACUGAAUAGCAAACUAAGGACAAAUGGAGUUUCUAAAAAAUUGAUAGAAAGGGGGUGGGAUUAUAGAGCACUGCGUAUGAUAGACAAAAAUAGUGAACCCUAGAGGUAAGGUCAACAAGAAUAAUGGUUUGAGUAAAAACCAACAGACGGACACUUCGUGAAUGGCGCCAAAUUACAAACAGAGUAACAGAAGGGGUCGACUUCAAGAUGUUACCGAAAACCGAUCUAAUGUAUAAGAAUGUAUAGAAUUAUUAAAAAUAAUGUUUUUAUUAAUAUAACAAUCAAAAAUUGUAAGUGGAUCUUGAUUACAAUUGGGAAAUAUACUGAAUUAAAAUGAGAUGUACAAUAUUGUCGAUGGCGGUGAGGAAUAGUAGUGCAACAACGAUAGAACAUCAAAUCUGAGAUCUUCAAGCUAGGGGCAUUCAACUAGCAUUAAUCCGUCAUCAAUAUACUGCAAUUGAAAUUAAGCCUGAGCAAAUAGUAAAUACUAUUAUAUGUAUCAAAAGCACAGGAACGCUUCUCAAAUCUCAUUGAAGUCAUUAUUGCGUCUUGCUGAUAGUUAAGGACAAAAAAUCAGUGUACGAGCAAUAACAUAGAAAAGUGAGAUGAGUAGUCGGCUUUCACGUACAUCACAUACAUUACGAACAGUUUCAUCAUAAGAUGAUAAGAAAUUACUAAGUAAAAUACAAAGUACCUUCAAACGGCGCAUGUGUCGUACUCACCUCAGAUUUUGCCCAUAGCUCCGCAUUGUCCGUCUGCUUUGAUUCUGUUGAACUUUUAACAACUAUUUUACUGUUUUUUGACAUUGUUUCAUUCUUUGAUUAGAUAAAGAGUGAAAUCAUUUUCAAUAAUUUUGAGGGAAUUGUGUGCUAGGAUGCAUAUGAGAUGAUUAAUGCAUGAUAAACAGGACAAAGAUGAAUAAUAUCGAUAUGGUAAAGUGAAUGUAUGGGGACUACUGAAGCUGGGGGAACAAUAAACGUAUAUCUAGAAGCGAUAAGAAACAACAACAAACUGUUUGUAAACUAAUGUAGUUUUGUAAACAAAAAUAAAUGCAUUCGAAGUGGA